ACAAAACAAAAUGGCUGCCUCCGCUAUGCCGUGUGCAAGCAAAGCUUACACAUUAAAGUUAAAGUUUCUUUAUGCAUUUUGUAAUACAAGGGAAAAACUUAUUCAAAUGCCACUUUUUAGGAUUAAUCGUACAUUAACUACAUGUUCAAGAUGUUACAGUCAGCGAAAAAAAAAGCAACCAAUGAUCGAUCCUAGAAAAAAUAUUCAAUAUCCAUACGUUCGUGGUGAUCCCCUCCAUGAAGAUAAAAUUAGAGAGAUAAAUAAAAAAAGUGACCCUUUAGGAAAAUUAUCAGAGAAAGCCAAGAAAUCAGAGGAAAAAAAACUUAAACAAAUCGAGGAAUCAAAAUCAGAACAGCAAAUCUAUGCGGAGUUAACUUACGAGAAGUUAAAGGAAGGAGAUCCACGUUUGGGGUAAAAUUCAUUUUUAUGCUAUCUCUUCACAUUUACUAUUUAUUUACCUUGGUGCCGGCCAUCGCAGCAGGCACGUACCUCACCAUCAGAGCAAAACGCUUACUGAACACUGACUUCACCACUGACAAUCCCAUAAACAAUUACAUCAGAAACAAUGAAAUAGUGAAACGAGGUAUGUGGAAGCUUGAAAAAAGGUAACAGGACAAAAAACAAGGACGUUUCGGCAUAAAGCCUUCAUCAGCCAACAAUAGAAAAGAAAAUACAUCAGAAACAAUAGCAAAUGCUUCAAUGCAACACAGUGCCGAAUAAACAAUCUUUCUUCCCACGCACAAUAUUAGCAUGGAACCACCUGGACAAUGCCAUUGUGAACUUGACAUCGGUGGAAAGCUUAAAAAAGGCUGCCCUAGCAUCAGCUAGGAGCUGUUAGACUAGCAACAUCAUUCCCCCAACCGUUGCACAGAUGCCAGUAUAUGGAUGCAGCAACAAAUACUACCAGAACCAGAGAAGAACCUUAUUAUUUUUAGGCGCCUAAUUUUGUUUAUACUGUAACUUAACUUGUAACUGUACUGUAAACCAAAUAAUAUUAUUUAUUUCACGAGGCCUAGAGUCAGUAUUAGAUAUUAAUCUACUAGUUUGCCUAAAAAUUAAAAUGAAUCUAUUUUAGUGAGUGUCAUGACCUACAAGAUGAGUAGAGUAAAGGCAAAGGAAUCACAAUCUUAUUUUUAUUAUUAUUAAAUAACUUAUACUAUAACUAUAGCCAUAGCCUAUAGAAGUGGUUCCUAAACGUUUAAGUUUGGCGGACCAGUGAACAAGUUUCAAAAUUUUACCAGGGAUCAGUGCAUGAUUUAUUUUUAUACUUUUAUUUCUAUUUGACCAUAAAUAUUUAUGUUAUGGGAACCGGCAGCAUUAGGCAUGCGGACCGGUGAAGGUCCACGGACCGCCAUUUUGGGACCACUGAUCUAUAGUAUUAGUCUAAAUAGCAAUCUUUUUUCUUCAGAUGACUUUAAAAAAAGUUAAUUAAUCCUAUUAAUAGUCCAAUUAUUUAUUAAAGGCAAAUAAAGCUUUGGACGUUGUAGGUAAAAAAAAAUUAAAAUGAAGUAAAGUGUCAAAGGUACAUUCAGUUAUUUAUAAUUGAUUAAUUCUUUUAAUGAAAAUUAAUCAGGAUAAUAAAAUUAACUACAACUGACUACACUAAAAUGCGGGAGUCUAAGAUAAAAAAAUUUCUGAAUAUUGAUAUUGACAAAGUUGUUAGCAGGCACACAGCAGUAAAUGAAAGGAAUCUAACUGGAAAAAAAUUGGAUAUCCAGAAUAUUGGGUGCUCAUGAAGACUACUCUACAAAAUUCUUAUCUUUGAACCACAUGAGUUAGAAAAUUUUAUCGUGAUGUUUUUGUAACUCUUUCAUUCAAACUUUAGUACAGUUUAGGGUCCAUAUGUUACAAGAGUUAGAGACAUAAUAAGCAGUCUCUUGACUCUUGAUAUAUUAUUAAUUUAGUCAACAUAACCGACGGGUGCUUGAGUUCAAGGCAAAAGUCAAAGAGCAGUCUGUGGGUUGUUAGUUUGAGAGUAGUCUUUUUGGUUUCUUGUUUAUGACUAGUCUGUCAUUUCUUUGUUUGGGAGCUGUUUACAGGUUCAGGUUUAUUUCACAGAUCGCACAGAGCACUUUCAUCAUUAUGUUGCCUUUUAAAUUUAAAAAAUAACUUUUGAACACAGAUACUUAAUUUUAAUUUUUAAGCAUACUUUCCAUUGAUUCAAAAGUAGAUUCAAAGUGAAACAGAAGCAUGCAUUUUGUAAUACUUUUAUCAGAAUAAGAACUACUCUUAACAAUCUCUCAAAAUUUGUGUUGGGACUUGAGUUAUGCUUGAAGUAUUUAAUGCAUCCAAGUUAACGUACUUUUUAAUUAUUCAUGAGAAAAGGUGUUUUUUUUUUUGCACCCCCCAGACAAGCUAUUAUUGAGGCCAAAUCCAGCAAAGCAGGGAGCACCUCCACAAAUAUUAUAUUGGAAGGCCAGAGAUUGAUCAAAGAUGCCCUGUUGCUUGGUGCAACACCAAGGUGCUUGUAUUUCUGUGAAACUCAAAUACUAGAUGACCUUCCAGCACAUCACCUCAAAGGUGUUCCUCUCUACAAGAUACUUUAUAAAGAUAUGAAGACGUGGUCUGAUACAACUACACCAUCUGGUAUUUUAGGUAAAUUGUAACAAUUAUAAAUUUAAAGAACAGACUAAUAUAACUUUAAUUAUGUCCUCAUUCAUUGUGUUCAUAUUUUUUAUUUGCUCUGUAUUUAUUUAUCUAUUUCAACAUUAAACUUUUUAAGCUUAUAGGUCAAUUUUUUCAUUCUAAAAUUAAGGUUUAUUUAAAAGACCUGACCAAGGGGAAGUCAUUAGUGAGCCUGAAGUUACGCUGCCCAUCACCUUAAUUUUUGACAGCCUUAAAGAUCCUGGAAAUGCUGGGACUCUCAUCCGCACAGCUGCUGCAAUAGGGUGCCAACGGGUUAUCACCACUAAAGGUAUACAGCAAUUUAUAGAUCACAAAUAUUUAUCCAAUACCAUAUCUUGCAUCUUUUUCCUUUUUUUUUCUUCUGAAACAGUUCAUAAACGUAAACAUUAUUAGCUCCCCUGACAGCUGCAUCCUGUUAUUCCUCAUGGGUAGGCCUUACUGAGACUUGAAGUUUUAUUUAAUUAAAAUGCCACUGUGUCCUAUUCCCUUAUUGCACCCCGUCUUUACCCUCGUUAUAUUUUCCGUGAGGUCUUGAUAAAGAAUUAGUAUUUAACAAUAUUACAUUUUUGGGGCAGAAUUAUGCAUUAAAAAAAAAAGAAAGAAACAUGGUCAUGACUAAUAGUCAGUUAAUUAUUGGCAAGCGGACACUGUCCCAUUUUUGCAUGUUUAAGUAUUUUUAAAUACAUCUGCCAAUUCCGCUCUUGUUUCUUCUAAUGACAUUUUUUUUCCACCGCAAAACAGGAAGUGUGAAUGUUUGGGACACCAAAGUUCUAAGAUCUGCAAUGGGUGGUCACUUCAGUGUCCCCAUAUAUUCUGGUAUGAGCUGGUCAGAGGUCCACAACUACAUAGACAAGGACACUCAAGUCUUUCUGGCUAAUUCUCGACCUGCUCGUGUGCUCUCUCGUUCUUUUGACACAAAGUUGUCUCAUGAAGACGUCAGGAGUCAAGGUAGGGCUGUUGACACAACACUUUGUCUUAAACUGUGGCCUUGAAACGAUACUGACAUAAUUUUAAAUUACUGGCAGCAAUCAGCUUUACAUUAGUUCGGGGAACAGGAUGUUUCCCUCUCCCCCUCUCUCUCCCCUCUCUCUCCCCUUCCUCUCACCUCCCUCCCCUCCCUCUCUCUCUCCACCCCCUCUCUCUCUCCACUCCCUCUCUCCAUCUCCCCCAUCUCUCCCUCUCCCUUCUCGCUCCCAUUCCCUCUCUCUCCCCCUCUUUCUCCCUCCCUCUCUCCAUCUCCCCCUCUCCCCUCUCUCUCCCCUCCCUCUCUCUUUCUCCCUCCCUCUCUCUCCCCUCCCUCUCUCUUUCUCCAUCUCCUCACCUCUCCCUCCCUCCCCACUUUGUUUGUUAUCAUCAGUUAAUAUAAACUAUUCAGAGCUAUAUCAACAACCUGUUGGACAUCAUAGCCCAGUGGUCGGUAAACUCAUUAGGUCAGUGGUCGGCAAACUCAUUAGGCCAGUGGUCGGCAAACUCAUAGACCAGUGGUAGGAAAACUCAUUAGGCCAGUGGUCGGCAAACUCAUAGUCCAGUGGUAGGAAAAUUCAUAAGGCCAGUGGUCGGCAAACUCAUAGUCCAGUGGUAGGAAAACUCAUUAGGCCAGUGUUCGGCAAACUCAUUAGGCCAGUGGUCUACGAACUCAUUAGGCCAGUGGUCGGCAAACUCAUUAGGCCAGUGGUCGGCAAACUCAUUAGGCCAGUGGUCGGCAAACUCAUUAGGCCAGUGGUCGGCAAACUCAUAGCCCAGUGGUCGGAAAACUCAUAGCCCAGUGGUCGGAAAACUCAUAGACCAGUGGUCGGAAAACUCAUUGUUCAGUGGUCGGAAAACUCAUUAGGCCAGUGGUCAGCAAACUCAUUAGGCUAGUGGUCGGCUAACUCAUAGUCCACUGUUCGGAAAACUCAUAGCCCAGUGGUCGGAAAACUCAUAGUUCAGUGGUCGGAAAACUCAUUAGGCAAGUGGUCGGCAAACUCAUUAGCCCAGUGGUCAGCAAACUCAUUAGCUAGCAGGACGAUUAAAACAAUUUUGAGAGCCAAAUUUCUUUUCAAGAACCAGUCAAGAACCAUGUUUUCAGAGUCUAAACCGAUUUGUGGCCGACUGGCUGAGCCGCACUCAUGUGACCAAAGAGCUGGAUGCACGCCGACCACUGUCGUAGGCGAAAGACAUUGAAGUCAUCCAGAAUUCUUCAUCUAACUCCACAUUCCUAAAAGGAAGUUCAUUAAAGAUUUGACUGAAGACAUUUUCAAUUCAUGCCCAAAAAAGAUGUCUUUUAAAAAAAAAAAAAAAAAAAAAAAAAAUAUUUUUUAAUAAAAGGAAGUUCAUUAAAAAGUUGACGGAAAAAAUUUUCAAUUCAUGCCCAAAAAAGAUGUCUUUUAAAAAAAAAAAAAAAAAAAAAAAAAUAUUUUUUAAAGAGUUUCAAAUUCUCAUAUUCAUCCUAAAAAAUCCCACCAACUUACAAAUUGUAACAUUUGGUUUUAAAUGUGCUCCAGCUUGUAUUAUCACUUUUAAAUAGUCAAUUUUAAUCUUAAUAGUUUUUUGGGGGAGUGGGGGGGGGGGGUAAUUUACUCCUAAAUAUAUACAGUUAAUAAAUUUCAAGGUAUGGUAAUAACACUGUGUUGAGUAGGUUUAGCAAAAUAAAAUUCCCGGAAGUUUGCAAGAUUUGGGAUUCUUAUUAAGCAUGUUACCUAACGCAUGUUCUGUCAAUUAACCUAAGCUAAGUAGAUGGGAAGUUCAAGCAUUGCUGCAGCCAUUGGUUGGCGGGUUUAUUCCUGGUUAAUCGUGGUAAUUACAUUACAUAAAUAAUUGAUCAUGCAAUUACAUCACUGGUAAUUACAUUACAUAAAUAAUGUAUCAUGCAAUUACAUCACUGGUAAUUACAUUACAUAAAUAAUUUAUCAUGCAAUUACAUCACUGGUAAUUACAUUACAUAAAUAAUUUAUCAUGCAAUUACAUCACUGGUAAUUACAUUACAUAAAUAAUUUAUCAUGCAAUUACAUCACUGGUAAUUACAUUACAUAAAUAAUUUAUCAUGCAAUUACAUUACAUAAAUAAUUUAUCAUGCAAUUACAUUACAUAAAUAAUUUAUCAUGCAAUUACGUUACAUAAAUAAUUUAUCAUGCAAUUACAUCACUGGUAAUUACAUUACAUGUUUUAUCUCCCAUUUGUUUUUAAGAGACUGAGACAGAAGAGUCGGACAGUGAGAGUGACACCGACGUGGAUGACAUUGAACUUGAGAAAAGGAAGAUUAGGCAAGAAGAGCAUGCCGAGCAUAUGGUCUACUCCUUUCACAGAGUUCCCAUGAUGGUCUACGACUACAGUGAAAUAUUGAUCAACCAGCCAAAGAGCAGUGACGGUGAUGAGGGAGGCUCUCCCACUAGUGUUGCGCUGGUGGUGGGCGGAGAGACAGAGGGGCUGAGCGCCCUGGCCAAGCAGUUCGCCUACAAUCACUAUGGGCAAUACGUGACCAUACCGAUGAGCAUGCACGUCAAUAGCUUGAACACUGGCAUUGCAGGGAGCAUCAUUCUCUACGAACUUCGUAGGAAGCUGUUGAUGUUGAGCGCAGAGAAGAAAGAACCCCGUUCACAGAAUGUCUGCAGCUGAAUUGCUUUUUGUUAAUGUCUUUUAGUUUAAGUAAAGAUGUUCUAUUAUCACACAAAAGUUUUUGGUUGUCUACGUAGUGCGUCGUUGCAUGCAAGGUUAGUUUAUGGUCAUUUAUUUUAAUUUUCCCAUACAACCUCCUCUCUUUCUCUUGAGUUGAAGUAAAUCAUCAAACAUUGUGCAUUUCACUUUCCUCGAUUUUGAUUCGUUCACAUCUCUUGAGUCG